GAAUGAUUCGGUUUUUCAAUGAUAGCACUUUGACAGGCUAACCCAGCUAGCGUCACUUCACUGCACACUGACUGACCUCCGCUCCCAAGAUGGCUGGUGUUCGAGCCCUUGGUGUUCUCUCCAGGUUGACAUCACGGAGAUAUGCUCUGUAUGCAGGCACCUAUCGUACCUUCUCAGUAGCUCCUGCAAUGUUAGCCCGCACCCAUGUGAACUAUGAAGUCAAGGGCGACGUUGCUGUCGUACGGAUCAAUGAUCCGAACUCCAAGGUUAACACACUGUCAAUCCAAAUGCAAAACGAGAUGGCAGAGGUGAUGAAUGAAGUGUGGGCCGACAACGCCGUUCAGAGCGCUGUCCUCAUCUCCUCAAAGCCGGGAUGCUUCAUCGCAGGAGCUGAUAUUAACAUGAUCCAGGCCUGUAAGAACGAAGAAGAGGUCGCCAAACUUUCUCAGGAAGGGCAGAAGAUGUUCGAGCGGAUCGAAAAAUCUCCCAAGCCCAUUGUCGCUGCCAUAAACGGCUCUUGUUUAGGAGGCGGUUUGGAGUUUGCCAUCGCCUGUCAGUACAGAGUUGCAACAAAGAGCAAGAAAACAGUUCUUGGUACUCCUGAAGUGAUGCUGGGUCUUCUUCCUGGAGCUGGUGGUACUCAGAGACUCCCCAAAAUGGUCGGUCUACCCAGUGCCUUUGACAUGAUGCUGACAGGAAGAAAUAUCCGAGCAGAUAAAGCCAAGAAGAUGGGGCUCGUUGACCAACUUGUAGACACUCUAGGACCUGGGCUGAAGAGUCCAGAGGAACGGACAAUAGACUACCUUGAGGAAAUUGCCAUUGAAUGUGCCAAAGGGAUCGUCAAUAAGACGAUUCCUCUCCGCAAAGAGAAAGGCAGGAUGCAGAAAAUUCAAGACUACAUUAUGAGUAUUGAGUUCGUACGGAAUCAAAUUUACAAAACUGUCCACGGUAAAGUUAUGAAGCAGAGCAAGGGACUGUAUCCAGCACCUCUGAAAAUAAUUGAAUGUGUGAAGACCGGAGUAGAACAAGGCCCCAUUGCUGGAUACUUAGCCGAGUCUCAGAAUUUUGGUCAGUUGGCAAAAACCUCAGAAUCAGCAGCUCUGAUUGGUCUCUAUCAUGGUCAAGUUGCAUGCAAGAAGAACCGCUUUGGAGCUCCCCAGAAAGAAGUGAAGACUCUUGCCAUCUUGGGAGCAGGUCUGAUGGGGGCAGGUGUUGCCCAGGUGACUGUGGAUAAAGGUGUGCACACAAUCCUGAAGGACACCACUCUGGAAGGACUGGGCAGAGGAGAACAGCAGGUUUACAAAGGGCUUAACGACAAGACCAAAAAGAAGAGCAUCACGUCGUUUCAGAGAGACUCCAUACUGUCUAACUUGACUGGACAAGUGGAUUACAGCGGCUUUGAAAAGGCGGACAUGGUUAUCGAGGCUGUGUUUGAAGAUAUUAAAAUCAAGCAUGCCGUCCUGAAGGAGGUGGAGGCUGUUGUUCCCCCUCACUGCAUAUUUGCCAGCAACACAUCUGCUCUGCCCAUCAAGAAUAUUGCUGCUGCCAGCAAGAGACCAGACAAGGUGAUCGGAAUGCACUAUUUCUCUCCAGUGGACAAGAUGCAGCUCCUUGAGAUUAUAACCACUGAUCAGACGUCAAAGGACACCACAGCCUCUGCUGUGGCAGUCGGUCUGAAGCAAGGGAAAGUCAUCAUUGUUGUCGGGGAUGGACCUGGGUUCUACACAACAAGGUGUCUGGGUCCCAUGAUGGCUGAAGUAAUACGGUUACUUCAGGAAGGAGUGGACCCCAAGAAGUUAGACGGUCUUACCACAGGCUUUGGCUUCCCUGUGGGUGCAGCCACGCUGGCCGAUGAAGUCGGUAUUGAUGUCGCCGCCCACGUGGCCGAGGACCUCAGCAAAGCUUUUGGCCCCCGCUUUGGCGGUGGAAACGCGGAGGUUCUGAAGACCAUGGUGGACAGAGGAUUCAAGGGCCGCAAAUCAGGAAAGGGUUGCUACGUCUACCAGCCAGGACUCAAGACCAGAGAGGUCAACCCAGAUAUUGGAGAAAUCCUUGAGAAAUACAGAUUGAUACCAAAUCCUGCUGUGUCAUCAGAUUCUGACGUGCAGUACAGACUCAUCUCUCGAUUCACCAACGAGGCCGUGCUCUGUUUGCAAGAGGGCAUUCUGAACAGCCCGCUGGACGGAGACAUCGGGGCAGUGUUUGGCCUGGGAUUCCCUCCCUGCCUCGGAGGACCUUUCCGCUUCAUCGACAACUUCGGUGCGGACAAGCUGGUGGAGAAGAUGAGGCGGUUCGAAGCCGUCUACGGAGCUCCCUUCACGCCGUGCCAGCUCCUACUGGAUCACGCCAAGGAUCCCAGCAAGAGGUUUCACAAGUGACCGACCCCACCGCGUGUGCCUGUAGCGUUCGAUUGAACUCCAGCCGCUAGAAUGUGCAUUUAUUUACGUUUAUAUCACGAGUGGGCGGGCAAACAUAACUCAACGUGCACUCGGUUUACAGUUCAUUGGGUACACCUAGCUAAAUGGAACGCAGCCUGCAAUAAAUCCUACUAUCAUGCAGUGUUCAGUUUCUGUUGUUUGUGUUUAUACUUACUGAUAUAAAGGGGGUGGAGAGGAAGCCUCAGAUUUAUUGGCAGGACUGACCUAUUAGAUUUAGAUGGAUGGACCCAAUGAACCGGCAACUGAGCGUCUGAUCAACAGAAAAUGUUUUUUUUUUUCUUUUUGUACUUUAACAUUAUUGAUUUAUUUGAUGUAUAGAUCGAAGAGCAGAUGGAGGCUAAUUGUUCACACUGUAGAUGCAGAAGAAUUAAAUUAUUUUCCAACUGGCAAA